GGAAGCGUUCGCUAUGGCUGCCAGGCAGGAGGUGCUCGCUUUGCAGGCUGAAGUUGCCCGGCGCGAGGAAGAGCUGAGUUCCCUGAAGCAGAGGCUGGCGGCAGCCCUUUUGGAAGAACAAGAACCAACGCCAGAACGGCCAGUUCAGGUGUCGCCGCUGCCUUCGAAGGCCGCGCUGUCCCGAGAUGAGAUUCUGCGCUAUAGCCGGCAGUUAGUGCUGCCUGAGCUGGGCGUGCACGGACAGCUGCGCCUGGCAACCGCGUCCGUGCUAAUCGUGGGCUGCGGUGGGCUCGGCUGUCCCCUGGCGCAGUACCUAGCAGCGGCUGGCGUGGGCCGCCUCGGCCUUGUGGACUAUGACGUGGUGGAGAUGAGCAAUCUGGCCCGCCAGGUGCUGCAUGGCGAGGCACUGGCCGGCCAGGCCAAGGCUUUUUCCGCCGCCGCCUCGCUGCGCCGCCUCAAUUCGGCGGUGGAAUGCGUGCCCUACGCCCAGGCCCUUACGCCGGCCACGGCUCUAGACCUAGUCCGCCGCUAUGAUGUGGUGGCCGACUGCUCCGACAACGUCCCCACUCGCUACCUGGUUAACGACGCAUGCGUGCUGGCCGGCCGGCCCCUAGUGUCUGCCAGCGCCUUGCGCUUCGAAGGCCAAAUCACAGUCUACCACUACGACGGCGGGCCUUGCUAUCGCUGCGUAUUCCCCCAGCCACCCCCAGCGGAGACAGUGACCAACUGCGCGGAUGGCGGGGUGCUCGGUGUCGUAACAGGCGUUCUGGGCUGCCUGCAGGCACUGGAAGUGCUGAAAAUCGCUGCUGGUAUGGGUCCCUCUUACAGUGGCAGCCUGUUGCUCUUUGAUGCUCUCAGAGGGCAUUUCCGUUGUAUUCAGCUGCGGAGCCGCAAGCCUGACUGUGCAGCUUGUGGGGAGCGGCCCACAGUGACUGACCUGCAGGACUAUGAAGCCUUCUGUGGCUCCUCAGCCACCGAUAAAUGCCGCUCCCUGCAGUUACUGAGCCCUGCAGAGCGGGUUUCUGUCACCUACUAUAAGCGACUUUUGGAUUCUGGGGCACCUCAUCUGUUGCUGGACGUCAGGCCUCAAGUGGAGGUGGACAUCUGUCGUUUGCCUCAUGCCCUGCACAUCCCUUUGAAACAGUUGGAACGGAGAGAUCCAGAGAGCCUGAAACUGUUAGGAGAAGCAAUCCGGGAAGGGAAACGAGAUGCGCAAGAGGGAGCUGCUGACUCCAUUUAUGUGAUUUGCAAACUGGGAAAUGACUCCCAGAAAGCCGUGAAGAUCCUACAGUGCUUAACAGCAGCCCAAGUGUUAGACCCUGUAACAGUUCGGGAUGUUGUGGGGGGCCUCAUGGCCUGGGCUGCCAAAAUCGAUGGAACAUUUCCGCAGUACUGACGUGACUGACACAAUCUGAUGAGAAAGAUGUGGAUUGCCAUAAUACCUCAAAGGUAUACUUAUUUGCAUUUCCUCAGUUCUAUAGAGAGGAACCUUGGAUUCCACAAUAUCUGUGAAUGCAUGAACUCUUUUUUUUUUUAGAAGUUUUUUUUAUUGUAAUGUAUUGAAUGACUUGCUUACUAAAGGAUUAUACUAUUUUUGAGAACUGUCAAGUGUUUUUACUUCAAGGGUGUCUUAAACAUGUGAGAUGUAAUGUGACAAUAUUUUGUAUUUUAUUUUGUAUUUUAAACUGCAGAUGAUUUACCUGUCCUACUUUUAUUCACCUCCAGUCGAAAAGCUCUCUAAAUCAUUUAUCUUAUACCUGGAAUUAAGAUGUAGUGAACUUAGUCUUACCAAGUUGAUCACAGAUCAUGUACUUAGGGCCAGUUUAUUGUUUAGUUAAGUUAACUAAAACUUAUUUCUGUCUCAAAUACAAAGUAUAUCCUACAGAAAUAAAUGCUUAAUAUGUAAAUUGAUUUAA